AUGUCCACCAGAACGAGCGUAGUACGUGGGAAAGCAGGCAGCAAACGCCGGCAAUCAACCGUGCCAAUCCGGAGAAGCCAACGCCAGAAUGCCGGGAAAUUGCCGGGUUUCUACAAUGAGAAUAUUCUUGCAGGAAAGCGGAAAAGGUUUGAUAUACAGGAUGGCAUGAUUGAGCCCUUACCUCCGCCCACUUUACUGUUGACUCAGUCCUAUGUGGAUGUACUCAAAAAGAUGCGUCCCGAGGCUCCUCAACGACCCCCACGGCAGACAUGGCCGACCCCGGAAACACCGAUUACAUGGCCUAACGAUCCUAAUAUUCCCAAAGACUGGACCUCUGAGGAAGUUGAUCUUGACCCUGGUGAUCUUGACGCGCAGCUGGUUCGAGUUGACGAGCGAAUUGCCAAUAAAAUCCUACCGCAGAUGUUCGAGCAGAAGAAAAAGCAAUUGCUCAGGCUCAAGGCAGAACAAGAUGCAAUGAUCGACUCAGAGAAACAGUACCCCGGACUCAGUAUGGACGUUAUACGACGUCUACAUGAUCUCAAACAUAUGCAAAAGCAACUCGAAACUCGCGGGAAAGAUCCCUGUGACAUGCUACCGAAUAUCAAGGCUAUCAUCCCCGCGUACCGAACAAAGCAGUUGGAAUGGACCUCCGGCCUAGUGACCUACUGGUCCGAUGGAAAAAAGCUUUGCGAGCCACGUCCUUUCCACUACGAAGAGUUUCUCGAGAUUAAUAAGAAGCAUAACGGACACACGGGCUUCUGGGUAGAAGGGGUAUUUCCAUUAGGACCUCAACGGCAACAACCCGUCUUGGCACAAGAAUAUUCUGCCUCUGGAGGAAGCUGGCUUAGGGAUGUAUACUUGGCGCUACGAUUCCCGAACAAUCGUCAAACGCAGAUACAGUUCUUGUUUAUGGAAGAUACAGGGGCAUCAUACAUGAGUAUGUUCAUUGAAGAUUUUGACUUGUUGAAACAAGCUUCGGGUGGAGGCAUCGCUUCGACGCCGCCUCUUUUGGGGGCCAUGAACGUCGCCGGAUUCCAAGGUGGUGCAGGCGACCUAUACCAGAUUCGGGCGCUAGAGGUCAAUAUGGCUUCUGAUGGGAACGGCCGGUUGAUGACUGCUUGGGAUUGGAUGCCGGUGAUGAUUUACGAGAAUCCCGCGCAUGAAAGCAGGCUCUCCGGCCCAUAUAUUCACUACAAGUUCUAUACGGGGUCCGCUCCCGAUGGUUCAGGGAAGGGGUAUGCGUUCGAUCUAAAGGGCGGCUGGAAUGCGAAAGUGCCCACGGUCACCGACGUGAGGCUUGCCCGACAGCCCCAAUUCGGCGGCCCCUUUACGGGCUCCGCCAAUGCGACUCAGGCUUUCUUCAACGCAGGGAGAACAAUAAUGCCGGGGGCGUCCACAAACAUUCUUGGAAUGAACAACUUCGUGGGUCUCCCUACUCAUCCUCCAAAAAGGGCCCCUCCGGGCUUACCAGUUGGCCAAAAUCCAUCACGUCUUCCUCAACCAGCGCCUCAGCAAGAGGAGUACCAGGAGGAGUACCAGGAGGAGUACCAGGAGGAGUACCAGGAGGAGUACCAGGAGGAGUACCAGGAGGAGUACCAGGAGGAGUACCAGGAGGAGGACCAGGAGGAGGACUAG